AACUAGCGAGAAUACCCCGCAUUCAGUUCAGUGGGACCUUCUUCUUCGUCUUCGUCUUCGUCUUCGUCUUCUUCCUCCUCCCUUUGGUUCGCUUCACUUGUAGUUCAAGCUAGAGGAAUCAGUUCAAGGCGGUGGUGGUGCUAGUCGCUGUGACCCUGCGGGGUUUGGUGUUUUACGCUGUACAGUACGGCAACGAGAAGGAAGCGUGAAGAGGAAGCUUUCUGUCUCAGAGUUCCAGGACGAGUUUCUGCAGGCCACCAUUUUACGUUUUCCUUCUUGUGUUCCUGGCCUUUUGCAAUUGGUGCAGGAAGCCUUCUUUUGGUGAGAAGAGCGGUUCUGGGGACUGCCCACCUUCUGGUCUGAACACGCGAGUCAGAGAACCGAUACUUUCGGACUUCCCGAAGCCGCCGACCUCUUUCUCCCUCCGUUCAUUGAUCGAGAUCGCGAGUCGCGCUGAUCCCGGGAGUCAGACGAACGAGUCGGAUCGUUCGCGGCCUCGUGAAAUCCCUGAUUUUGAGAGAUAAUGUUAUCCUGCAGGAGAGAUUGAAGUGCCAUUGUGAGAGCCAGCAUCCGUUUCCUUCUGUCUGUUUGGAACGUCGAUUCUGUUUGGUUUCCUUUGAAGAAAGGGAGGAGAUGGGCAACUGUCAGGCGGCGGAGGCGGCGACGGUGGUGGUCGAGCAUCCCGGUGGCAAGGUGGAGAGGAUAUACUGGUCGUUGAGCGCCACCGAGAUCAUGAAGGCGAACCCCGGCCACUACGUCGCUCUUAUCAUAGCCUCCAUCCCGUCGAACAAGAACGGAGGCCCUUCCAUCAAGCAGUUGAAGCUCCUCCGCCCUGACGACACGCUCCACAUCGGUCACGUCUACCGUCUGGUUAGCUUCGAAGAGGUUCUGAAGGAAUUCUCGGGGAGGAAAUACGCCAAGCUGAGCCGGAUGAUGUCUCUGCAAAAACAGAGGGAACGGCCGGAAUCGAGGGAAUCGGUGCCGUCCCGGAGACAGCUGACCGUUGAGAAACCGGUUAAUGUAGAGACUGACGGCGUCCGGGCAGGGAGAGGCCGAUUCGUGGGGAGGCAGGGUCAGUGGCGGCCGGCGUUGCAGAGCAUAGACGAGCUCGGACGUUGAGUGGUGCUCGCUCCUUGGAAAUAAAGAUGCACGAUCAAAAUGACUCGGUAAAAACCGCUGGACUGGCAGGAGAGGAACGGGAAGGGAUUUGCCGUCGCCUUCCUUCUCUUUUACUUAAAUUUUAAACUUCUUUUGAGUUAUUUUUCUUUUCAUUUCUGGGAGGAGUUUGUUCGAAGGGCUAAUAUUUCCUAGGGUUGUGUAAGCAAGAUCAAGGUCCUUAUCUGGUUGAAGCGGCGUUUGCUUCUCUUCUGUAUAAUGAAAGUCAUGGUCUCCAAUGUUAAUUUCAUGAGACGCUUGAAGUUUACCAACCCAGAAAAGGAUGACCUCUGGGCGUUACACCA